GUAUACAGCGUUCAACCUUUGGAGAGGUGUUUAAGUUUACAUUGUGUCUACCAACACGGUCGGGAAACUUCAUAACUAGUCCGAAAUUCAGUUUGGAAACCACCUGUUUGUUAAACUGCUUGGUAUUAAUCGCUAAGGUGGAUUGGUAAAUUCUCAUCGCUUGAUGUCAUCCUCGACGAUGAUGAUGUCUCGAUCACGAGACGUCGUUUCUCGAUUCCUAGAGCAGACGAUAUCGACGUUAUGCCGUGACGCCGUCAAGUUCAACCGACGCCUGGAGAUAGAGGGCGUCAUAUGCGUCACCGUAGACAACGGAGUAGAGCACGUGGUAAAGAUACGUCAGCAAUUCAAAAAAGAAGUUUCAGACGAUACGUCACACACGACAAACGGUGAAAUAUCGUUACCUGAAGAGUGCGCUAGUCGUUCCCUUAACACUUCUUCUAGUUCGUCUGUCAGCUUGUCUAUGCCCAUGUAUGACAAUCAUAAACAUUCCGUGGCGUUGACGUCAAUGGGCACCACCAGUGCCAUAAGUAGUCGACUGUUUGAUACACUGAAAGUAAAGUCUGAGCCAGAAGAGACCCAGGAUGAACCAACUAUAGAGUUGACGUCAAUACCAAAGUUGACAACGGCAACGACGACAGUUGAUAAACAUAACAGUAACGGCAUAAGUUUGAACGGGUCCUCCGAGUAUGACAAGUUGCAUUUGGAAAAAAUGACAAUUUCAACCGCGAAGAACAUCUUGUGUAAGAAGUGUGGACAGACGCUUGAAGAAGUGAGAUCAUUUGAAACGCACAAUGUUACUGAACAUGGUCACUUUACCUGCUUGAUAUGUCUAUCCACGUUUACAUCACGCAACAACAUGAAGCGUCACAUUCGGCUUCACACCGGCGUAAAACCGUACCGAUGUCAUAAAUGCUCAGAGAGUUUUUCCCGUAACGACGAUUUUAAGCGUCACCUGUUACGUCACUCAUUCCAGAAGCCGUACCGCUGCGCCACGUGUCAAACUGGAUACGCAGACCGCGUCGGCGUUAAGAGCCACAUGAUGAAAGAUCACGGGACGGCUUCUUUCCACGUGUGUUCGCACUGCGGUGAGUGUUUCACAGACUUGUGGAAGUUUAAGGAGCACCGGGAGUCGCACGCGGACGGCCAGGACUACCGCUGCUCUUUGUGUGCAUUCGUGGGCUCCAACGCCCUUAUGUACAACAAGCACAUGCUCACACACGGCUCUUUGAGAAAGUACAUGUGCACUCACUGUGACGUCACAUAUUCCGACCCGUUCGGUUACACGGAGCAUCUGAAGAAACACAAGGGAGACGACUUCGUGCAUUCAUUCCAGUGUUGUUUUUGCGAUCUUACCUUCCCUAGUUUUGAGCAGUUUCAACGGCACGAACAUACUCACGUGCAGUCCCGGCAACACACGUGCAGCGUCUGUCAAAAGCAGUUCCGUUACCCGUCUAAUCUACGGGAGCACAUGCUGACACACAUACCAAAGUCAGACCUGCUGGGUGAAAUGGAGCCUCGAGACAAACACGAAUUACAAACCUUGCCGAAGUGGUCAAACUUGGAGACAGAUACCGAUUUUACCGAAAUGCGCCUUCAAACUUUCCCGGUUAACUUACUAAGCCGUGCUGUGGAUCUUACCAACGGAACAGUUGAAGAGAAUAACAAUGUUAUAGACGGAAAUAAGCGCGAAGAUGGUUCCAACGAAGCGGAAGGAACCUCAAAUGGGUCCAGUGAGUACUGGUGCGCGGAGUGUCAGCAGGGGUUUGGCUCAGAGACUUACCUCCAACGCCACAUAUCCUCCCGCCACGAACAAGGCGGCUCCGACAUCAGUCUUGAAGAGGAAAUGGCUAAUGACGUUGCUAAAAGACGUUUCCACGACGCUGAAAUGUCCGCGUACAACUACGUCAUGAAAGAUUUGUACGAAGAUGACAGCCGUUCAUCAGUGUUGAGUAACAUCUCGGAUUUCCGAGCGUUGACACCUGUUGAGAAGGAAGAUACGAAAAGGUCUCCCACUCCGAACAAGAGAAAAUCUGGCAUCCCUCAUGAGCGUCGCCAUAUUCAGUUACCCAAAAGAGCUCGAGGUUACGAAAAUGAAAACAGCAACGACGCGAGUGAGACGCCAUCAUUUCAGUCCAGUCCAGAUAAUGGCCAGACAGGGGAGAUAAUUCCAGGACAAGCAGCGCCCCUCUCACUUACGCACCUUAAAAUGUUCCAGAGUACUAUGAAACAAGUACAGAAGAUCCAGGCCAAAUUUGGGUUGGAACCGGCCGUAUUUGAUCUUUCGCCAAAGAAGGAGAAUGAUGAUGAAAGUUUAGAGGGUUUGAAUUUAAGUCCAACUUCAAAGUCCUCGCGUACAUCUCCCAAAUCGAAGACCCCUACGAUGUCGGCAAGUUUAGAGGGCAUGAAAUUGAAGAUUCGUCGAGAAACUGACAAAACACAUGAACCCAAUGACAACGACUUCCUCCAAGAGAUUAGUAAAUUUAACCUGUCCGAUGAAAGCAAUACCACUGAUAAUGAUAACACCAGUGAUUCGAUCAAGCCAUACAGUAAAUCGUCCGUUCUAGGCAUGGACACUGAGUUUUCAACAUCUUCACUGAGUCGUAGCUCGCCAACCACAAUUAACCUAAAGGUGCGGAACCCUGGGUUUGAAAAGGUAGUAACUCCGGAAGUACUGUUUAGCACGAAGGCGCCUUUUACGUGCGAACUGUGCGAGGAAACGUUCGAUGAGUUUGAGACUUUUGACACUCACGGCGUCAAGGUGCAUCGGCGUUUCCUGUGCAGCUACUGCGGCAAGGCGUUCACCUCGCGCCCAAAUCGUGAGCGCCACGUGCGCUACCACACAGGGGAAAAGCCGUACACCUGCGACCUGUGCCCCUCAUCCUUUUUCCGUGGGGACGACCUUAAGUACCACCGGACAACGAAGCACGCGGACGUGAAGCCCUUCCUAUGCGGGGCCUGUCAGACGUCAUUCUCGUUCCCUAAGGAACUUGAGAAGCACCUGCGACUCAAUCCUGACCACAAACAUGUGUGACCAUGACCUGUGGGUUUAGAAUAGAUUAAACUUAAUUUGAUUUCAUGUUGGACCCGUAAAAAGUUCAACAUUUGCGAGUCAACCGCAUUAAGAUGUGACCUUUUAAUUGCGCUAAAAAAUCGACUCAUGUGGCACGUUUGAAAAUAUUUAGUACAAUAUACAAAUGUAUUUGAUAAAAGAUUUCAAACUCAGCGGAACUCAUUAUCAAGAACAAGUUUUAAUACUUAAAACUGUACUGACAUUAGUUUUUCGCAGAUCAAUCAUUAUUUACCUUUAUAAUAUGUAGGUCUGAUAUGUGAAUUUACUUGCUUUAUACUAAGCAGAUAUGUUUUGUUUAUAGUCGGAAAUAAGGGACCACAGCUGAAAACAUGGACAGACAAAUUAAUUAAUUUUUCUUUAUCUUAAUUUUUUAUUCCUAAAGUCACUUGGCCCACAAAAUCGACAUGUCUCGCUUAUUUAUUUAUCAAAUUUGAAAGUUUCAUAUAAAAUGCGCUGCGUUUUUCCUCCUUUGAGUGAUAUUGGUUACCUCUUUUUAAUCAGAAGACCAGUAGAUUACACUUUUUCGAUAAUCGCAAGAUAAGCCUUUGCCGAAAUUGUAAACCAAUGGAUAAAAAGGAAGUGGCCUUGUAUUAAUUGAAUUUAGAGUAAACUUGUUCUGUACAUAGAUUUGAAGAUCGCUAAUAGCGAGGAUUGCUCAAAUGUUGUUUAACUAUGCAUUUAUUAUUUCAAAUACUCUAAAUGUGCUAUAUUAAUUCACUUUGUGCAAUGUACAUAAAUAUGUUUGUUAAUAAUUGGUGUUAUACAGAGAAUGUUUUUAUUUGACUAUACAAA